AUGAACACCAUAUUCCACGAUUUAAUUGGACAGUCGGUGGAAGUUUACAUCGACGACAUAGUGGUAAAAUCCAAGAAUUUUUCGGAGCAUCUGGUGGAUCUCGAGCAAGCUUUCCGGCGAAUGAGGUACUACAACUUGAAGAUGAAUCCAACGAAGUGUGCGUUCGGAGUGGCCUCCGGAAACUUUCUAGGUUUCUUGGUACAUAAUAAGGGUAUUGAGGUGGAUAGUAAUAAAACGAAAGCUAUCAUCAACGCCCGACCGCCUGAGAAUCUGAAACAAUUUCAAGGAUUCCUUGGGCAGGUCAACUUUCUGCGGAUAUUUGUCUCGAACGCUGCAGGUAAGCUUAAAGCUUUUUCCACACUGCUUAGAUUGAGGAAAACAGAAGAGUUUUUGUGGGAGCCGCUACAUCAGCAGGCUUUCGAAGCCAUUAAGGAAGCUAUGGCCAAUCCACCGGUGUUGAUGCCGGCACAAGAGGGCAAACCUUUGCGCUUGUAUGUUUCAGCCAUUGAGAAUACGGUUGGCUGCUUACUGGCGCAAAAAGUUCCUGAUAGAAGUGAGCGUGGCAUCUUUUACCUUAGUAAGGCCGUUGCUAACUUUUUAUCAGAUCAUCCGAGCUCGGUGGCUGACCAAGCGGCUGAUCGUAUGGAAGCUAUUAUUAGUCAGAUGCCGUGGAUCUUGAAGUUCGACAGGUCCAACACGCAGACUAGCGCUGGAGCUGGGGUAUUUAUUGAGAGUCCUUGGGGAAAAAAGUGGACUGCUUCCAGGGCAUUGGCACCCGGAUUUACUAAUAAUCAAGCAGAAUACGAAGCCCUAUUAGUUGGAUUGAGAAUUCUACAUGAAAAGGAAGCCAAGGCGAUCAGAGUUCAAAGCGACUCACAAUUAAUUUUGAAGCAGAUUGUUGGAGAGUCCCAAUGCAAAGAUGAGAGAAUGAGAAAUCUUCGAAUGGAAGCAGUUUGGAUGUUGCAAAUAUUUGAUGACGCGGUGGUGGAGUUCAUACCUCGAGCUGAAAACAGACUAGCUAAUGAUUUAGCUCAAAGAGACUCUGGGUAUAAACCAUCCGCCGCGGGAAACUUCAAGUCAGGGCGAGUAUGUUUGUGCCCAGUGGAAGCGGAGGAUUUGCGUAUAGAACUAAAGAAAUAUUUGAAACAACCAGCCGGUGAAACUCCAGAAAAGCUGCGGAAGGAAGCUCUGAAGUAUACUCUGAUUGACGGAGAUCUUUUUUGCAGGGCCGCCGAUGGAAUGUUAAUGAGAUGCGUCGAUACUCAAGAAGCCAUGAAGGUGAUAGGUGAAGUGCAUGAAGGAAUUUGUGGAGCACACAAAUCUGGGCCAGUCAUGAGAUGGACGAUCCGACGAUAUGGGUAUUUUUGUCCAUCAAUGACAGAAGACUGCAUUAAGUACGCUCAAGGAUGUGAAGCGUGUCAGCGACAUGGCUCUUUGAUCCGAAUUCCGGCAGAAGAGAUGCACACAGUGGUGAAGCCAUACCCAUUCCGGGGAUGGGCGAUGGAUAUCAUCGGGAAGAUCCAUCCGCCAUCUUCCAGACGGCACUCGUUCAUAUUGGUGGCCACGGAUUACUUCACGAAGUGGAUAGAAGCUGUGCCAUUGGCCAAUGUGACAUAUCAGGAAGUGAUCAAGUUCGUUAAGGAGCACAUUAUUCACCGAUAUAGAAUCCCACAAACGAUUACCGCCGAUCAAGGCACUACAAAUGGGCAGGCAGAAACAACCAACGAAGUCUUAAUUGGGAUAAUCAAAAAGGUUGUGGAAGAUAACCCGAGGAGGUGGCACGAAGUGUUAGGGGAGGCUUUAUGGGCUUGUAGGCAAUACCGAAAUAAAGCCACUGGUUGCACUCCAUUCCAUAUGGUUUAUGGACAAGAGGUGAUAUUGCCAUUGGAAAUCACGGUGCCAUUGCUACGAGUGUUGAAGCAGAAUUUGCUUAGUCCCGAGCAAUAUGACACAGCGAUGUUACAAAGAUUGGAUGGCGUACAUGAGGAUCAGAUGAUGGCUCUGGAGAAUAUCAGGGCAAAUAAAGUAAAGGUAGCGCGAGCUUACAACAAAAAGGUACAUAGGCGAACAUUCCAAGAAGGAGAUUUAGUAUGGAACACAGUGCUACCUGAAGAAUUCAAAGAUAAUACAUUCGGGAAGUGGUCUCCUAUGUGGGAAGGUCUGUAUCGAGUGAGUAAAGUGUUGCCUAACGGUGCUUAUAGAUUGAUGAGUAUUGAUGGGAUAGAACAUAAAAACGUUAUCAAUGCUAAGCACCUUAAGGGAUAUAUGUCACCACUCGAGUUCAGAUAA